AUGCUCCAGCAGCAGUCUCUGGCGCGUGUGACGCGCAAGCCAUUCACAGCAGCGGCAGUCACGGUGCCAUGCCGUAUCAGCAGCAGCUCGAGGGUGCAGCGCGGCAGCGCGCAGCCCGUGCGUGCCGCGGCAGUAGAGGCGGAGCCUGAGUUUGACUACAAGACCCGGCAGUACGAUCCCAAGGAGCUCAGCAUCUCGGAGCAGGACCCUGAGCUGCUUAACCUGCCCAAGGGCUACCACUGGUACGAGACCAUGCUGGUGCUGCGCGCCACCCUGGGUGACGAGGACAGGGACCGCGAGCUGGCCAAGUUUGAGGCCUUCCUGAACAAGGAGCACUCCAACUGGGAGGGCAUCUACAUCCUCUACACUUACGCCGCCCGCCGCUCCACCGCGCGCGCCGUGCAGCAGCUGCUGUCCAACCCCGAGGCCGGCUCGGAGGACGUCGUGCUGCGGUUCGUCACCUUCUGCAAGCACUGA